AUGGUUGAGUAUGAGUCUACCACUUCACAGCCUCUCUGUGUAGCCACCUCAAGUAAGGCGGGAAUCGAAGAGCAGAGUCCACGAACGGAGACACAUAUCCCCAGCCAGGAACAAGAUGGCCGGACGGAGAGAACUCCGCAGGUAGCUUCAAGACUUUCUGACUCGAACAUCAUUAAAAGUGCCGAAUGGUCCGCUGAUGGGACAACGUUGUUGACAGACUCUACAGACCAUCAUAUCCGGAGCUAUAUAUUGCCACCAGACUUACUCGAAGAGAGACCAUCACCUAUCCACCUCUCGCCCUAUUCGAUACUGGCCUCUGCGGAACCGAUCUAUGCCACGGCCAUCUAUCCCUUUUUCUCUCUCCAGGACCCCUCCACCACAUUAUUUCUCUCCUCCGUGAGAGACCACCCCAUCAGACUGGCAUCUGCUCUGGCGCCAAUGCAAAUGGCGUCUUACUCCCUGGUCAAUCCCAUGACAGAGGCGUUCAUUACACCGCACUCAAUGAUUUACCCACCUAGUCUAGGAGGUACUCAAUUCCUCACUGGAUCUGAUAGCCUCAUCUGCCUGUUUGAUGUUUCGCGACCAGGAAACGACGGGCCUGUGACGACGAUGCCUACUAUACCAAGUAAGCGCAAACAAGUGGUGGGCGGUGGUGUUGGCAUGAAGGGCAUCGUUUCCGCAUUAGCCGUGGAUCCCAGCGCACAAGGCAUCCUUGCUGCAGGAACAUUUACCCGGCACGUCGGGCUCUAUGACUCGCACGGAAGCGGGCAAUCUCUGGGAACGUUCAGCAUUGCGAAAACAGAGGCAGAUCCUCACAUAGGAGGGCGCGGGAUCACGCAACUGUUAUGGAGUCCUUGUGGCAGGUAUCUGUAUGUCGCUGAACGCAAAAGUGAUGGCGUCCUGGUUUAUGAUAUCCGAGUGACCGGCCAAUUGCUCGGGUGGCUGCAAGGGCGCAAGGCUCUCACCAAUCAACGCAUGAAGAUCGACGUGGUGGCCACGGGCCAAGGAGAUUCGCAUGAGAUCUGGGCGGGAGGAACCGACGGCUGCAUGCGAGUUUGGCAGAACCCCACCUAUAAUCCUGGAGCACAGGAGCCGAAGUGGGAGUGGAAGGUUCAUGAUGAGUCAGUAAGCAGUACUGUGGUGCAUCCUUUGGGCAAUGUGGCUGCAACAACCUCAGGGCAAAGAUACUUUGCAGACGAACCUGACGACGGCAUUCCGCCUUCUGAACCACAGAUUGACAAGAGUCUAAAAGUCUGGUAUAUGCCGUUCUUGAACGAUAGCAACGAGAUCGAUCCAGUCACGAAUUGAGGCGCGUCAACGAAAGAAAAUCUCAUCAACCCGAACAAUUGGUUCCUGGGACUCAAGGCCAACAUCAGGCUACCUCGUCGAGGCACAGCUUGGGGACGAGUUGAUGUGAGUAUCAAACCGGAGGCAUAUAGGCGAGGUUCAGCAUUAAUCGGAUAUGACAAGCAUCUUCUCGAAGCUACUGUGGUCUGGUCAUUAUCAGAGCCUUCCUGGGCUAGGCUUCGAUGCUUAAGUUAUCAACCUGGAGUUGUAGUUUGCAAGAAAGCGCCUUGUCAGCCAAUUUGCCCAACCC